CGAUAAUCAGCCAAAUCCUCCACUAACCAAGUACUACUCGAUGUCGCAAUCAGAACCCUCCUUCUUUGAACGCGAGCGCGACAGACUAUCCUUAGACAUCACAGCAGGUUUUGAAGACCUUCUCUCAUCCAGCAACGUACUCAAUCGAAAGCUCGAAGAAGUAAUAGGCAUGACUCGUGAAUACGAAACCAUCGCUUCCCUGUGGCAAAGCUUCCACGAGUUGAUGCGUGGACAACGAGAUGAAGUGCUCGAAGAUAGAACGACCGUCCCCGGCACAGGCGCCCACGUCGUGUCUACAAACUCCAAACGCUAGCGCCAACGCCGCCGAGCCGCUCAAGAGAGAAAGUGAAAUUGUUCGACAGGUGAGAAGAACAAAAAGUAUGCAUUAUUGCGACAAGACAAAGACAGAUUAUGAUUACAAUGCUGCGUAGAGUCCGAAUCAUACAUCUGCCCAAGAAGCGACCUGCGCAAGUUGUUUAGUGGGGAGUAACCAAGAAACAGGCACCGCACUCACCCAUGAGAAUCCGCUGAAUUCCUGUUGGUCCUUUGCAGACAACUGUCCGUGAACGGGCGUUAAUGUCGGCUGCUCCUUUGUAAACUCUUCAUCGAAGUUACUGGUAUCUGCACUCCCGUUCUGCAAAUGAAAUCAACAUCAUUCCUUUGUACUUGAAACAUCGGGCUUACUAUAGUGGGGAAGUAUGGCGGCG